CGCUAAAAGCAAGUGUGUUUGUGGAAGCAAAUAAAAAAAUCGAGGGAACUGAACCGCCCAAAAAGAUAUCCAGUAACCCAACCUAAAAGGUCCGAGAAAGACAAACCCACGCGCACGGCUUCAAAUUUUGGUCUCCACUCUCCAGCAACCGAGCCAGUGAGCGACGGAGAUGGCUGCGGUGGUGGCCUGCUGCGGGACGAAGUUCUUUCUGUACUUGCUGAUAAUCGUAGGCCUGGUAUGCUUCGCCGGAAUGAUGGCCGGACUCACUCUCGGCCUCAUGUCCCUCGGCCUCGUCGACCUCGAGGUCCUCAUGAAGUCCGGCCGCCCUCAGGAUCGCAAACACGCCGCUAAAAUUUAUCCGGUGGUGAAGAAUCAGCACCUGUUACUUUGCACUCUUUUAAUCGGAAACGCGUUAGCAAUGGAGGCUCUUCCGGUGUUUUUGGAUAGUCUUGUGCCUCCUUGGGCGGCCAUUGUGUUAUCGGUCACUCUCAUCCUGGUGUUUGGGGAGAUAUUGCCGCAAGCAGUCUGCACUCGCUAUGGAUUGACUGUUGGGGCGACAAUGGCCCCAUUUGUGCGUUUUCUUCUUGUUCUUUUCCUCCCCAUUUCGUAUCCCAUUAGCAAGGUUCUGGAUUAUAUGCUGGGUAAGGGACAAUCUGCUCUUUUACGAAGAGCAGAGCUAAAGACUUUUGUGAAUUUUCAUGGAAAUGAGGCUGGGAAAGGUGGGGAUUUAACACAUGAUGAGACUACCAUCAUUGCUGGGGCACUUGAAUUGACUGAAAAGACAGCAAAAGAUGCUAUGACUCCCAUAACAAAUGCAUUUGCCCUUGAUCUGGAUGCACCUGUUACUUUGGACACAUUGAAUGCAAUAAUGGUAAUGGGUCAUAGUAGAGUUCCAGUUUAUUGUGGGAAGCCCGGAAAUAUAAUUGGUCUUGUUCUGGUUAAGAAUCUCUUGAUGGUUGAUCCAGAAGGUGGAGUUACUUUGAGAAAACUGAUGAUCAGAAAAAUUCCUCGGGUUUCAGAAGACAUGCCUCUGUAUGAUAUUCUAAAUGAAUUUCAGAAAGGUCACAGUCACAUUGCUGUUGUCUUUAAGUAUCCAAACGGGAAAAAGGAUGCACUAAAGAAUGGCAAAGAUGGCGAACCACCUGUGUUUAAGGAUGAUUGUAAGAAGCAAGCGGGCCAACCUGUGGCAUCAUUCAAGAAAGAUGAAAAAGUGGGUUCAAGCAAUGCUCUGAGUGCUUUGGACAAUGGUGAUGGAGGUCAACAAUCUAAGAAAAGCCCAUCAGCUACUCCUGCAUUUAAGAAACGACACAGAGGCUGUUCACAUUGCAUUCUGGACGUUGAGAACGGUCCCAUUCCAGUUUUCCCAGACAAUGAAGAGUUUGUAGGAGUAAUUACCAUGGAGGAUGUCAUCGAAGAACUUCUUCAGGAAGAGAUAUGGGAUGAAACAGAUGAGUAUGUCGAUAUCCACAACAGGAUUAAGGUCAACAUGCAUGCAUCUCAGGAAAAGCCUUCUUACUCGAACCCACCCAAUCCUUCCGGACAACGGUCACCACCUGUCAACCGCGCCCCACUGUUAACAUCAUCAUCAGUGCCAUUAUAUUCAGGUUCUACUCAACAUCAAGACUCUGAUAAGGUGACUGCUGUAGAUCCAAUGCCAACGGACUCACAUACCACAACUCAUCAAGGUUCUGAAGGCGACACGUCAAGAGAUCACUGAGAUUGAUCGUAUGUUCUUCGCAUGAAUGAAAUAUAGAUGCACAAAAUCAAUAUUUAAGUUUGAAAUUACGUAAAAUUAACCGAAGACUACCUACAAUUAUGGUACUCUAGUUAUGUAGAAAGAUAUGAUCCCCUACAUGUUUGAUGAGAACCCGCUGCUAAGACAACCCUCUCUCUCUCUCUCGAUCUCUCUCUCGAACGUAAAUUCUAUUACUACGUGUUUUAUGUGCUAAGCGCUCUUCACCUGUUUUGUAA